GGGUCCUUGUUCAUCAUGGAUCAAACUGAGCUGACAGCAAAGCUGAACACAAUGGAUGAACAGGAUGUUUAUGCCAGUGCAGAGGAACCAUCAGGACCUCAUAUAAAGUGGAAAAGAGUGAAGAAUUCAGAAAAUAUUUAUCAAACUGAAGAUGCAUGUUGCUCUGUGGAGACCGACAGAACUGGACCUGCAGCUCUUGAGGAAAGCAGCACAGUAACAAACUGUUCUUAUAGAACCCCCACAGUGAUUCUGGGUGUGCUGUGUCUCCUCCUGCUGGUCAGACUCAUAACGGUGUCAGUCUUAUACAAUGAGAGAAGCUCAAAGUGGGAAAUGAAGAGAAUCCAGUUUCAGACCAGUUACAACAACCUGAAUAAAGAAAAAGACCAGUUACAGACCAGUUACAACAACUUGAGAGAAGAGAAAGACCAGUUACAGACCAGUUACAACAACCUGACUAAAGAAAAAGACCAGUUGCAGACCAAUUACAACAACCUGAUUAAAGAAAUAGGCCAGUUACAGACCAGUUACAACAACCUGAUUAAAGAAAUAGGCCAGUUACAGACCAGUUACAACAACCUGAGUAGAGACAAAGUCUUAGAAGAGAGACAACGUGAGACUUUACAGCAGAAAAUUCUGACUCAGGAGAGAGAGCUAGGACAGUUGAAGAGGAAGCUGGAUGCCUUCAAUUAUUAUAUCCAACGUGAAUGGAUCUAUUUCGGCCGUAGUUUCUAUUAUAUCUCUUCAAACAUGAAAACCUGGAAACAAAGUAGAGAAGACUGUCAGCAGAAGAACACAGAUUUGAUCAUUAUCAGCAGCAAGGAAGAACAGGAUUUUGUUCAAAAGUUCGGAAAGGUCAUGUGGAUCGGACUGACCGACAGAGAAACGGAGGGAGUGUGGAAAUGGGUGGAUGGGACUCGGCUGACCACAAGCUUCUGGGGCCCCAAUGAGCCCAACAGCUUUUUUGGCAUUAAUGAAGACUGUGCAGUCACUGGGUACCAUAGCGGAGAAGAUAGCUGGAAUGACGACACGUGCGAAAAAGAAAAACUCUGGAUUUGUGAAAAGAGAAUGUCUUUAUAA